AUGACAACAAUAAAGGGACCGUUCAGGCUCGUCACGGUUAACACCGCCCCGGAACGUGCGAAGCGUCUCAUCGGACGCUUGAUCACCGAGCUGCAGGACGAUUAUGAGAUCAUCCACGUCGACAAUUGCCAGAGUAUUGAAGAGGUGAUUCCCAAAGUCACUGAGCAUAAGCCCGACGUUCUGUUCUCAGCUUCCAUGUGGUCUGUAGAGGAGGCUGAGCAGAUCCAUUCAAUGGCAAGGUCUAUCGUGCCUAACAUCAAGCUUCACGCGAUACCUACUGGACUGCAGGUGGAGCGAGGACCGGAUGCCAUUGUGGAAUACCUUGUUGAAAAGGUUCCUCCUCUGCUAGAUAGCUAG